AGCGCAUACACAAUGGCUGCUCGAAAGAGGGGAAAGCAAACAAUUUUCAGGCCCGCCGCGUCUAGCAAAAAAUAUGAGAAAAAAAUUAUUAAAAAUUCGGAAAAUAGUUGAAAGUGAAGAAAAACUCAACAGAAAGGAUGUUAAAGCGUCCGGGGCCCCUGAGUCCGGACGAUGUUGAGUGCAUAAAGCUGGAUAGAAUAAUUGCAUCAGAUCUAGUUGUGCACUCUGUAUCUGUCCAUGUAGCUGAUCUGCCUUAAGGUGCCAUGGCGACAGGGACCCAGGGCCACCGUGACCACAUCUUGGAGAAAGCCAAGCUCACGCCACCAACAGGGAGGCGCAGGAGAGCCGAGGGGAAGCCGAAGAAGAACUUCCCCUGCCAGGAGUGUCAGAAGGCGUUCAACAGUCUGGAGAAGUUGAAGGUGCACUCGUAUUCUCACACAGGAGAAAGACCCUACCGCUGCUCCCACCCCGACUGCACCAAGGCUUUCGUCUCCAAAUACAAGCUGCUACGGCAUAUGGCAACUCACUCGCCAGAAAAAAACCACAAGUGUUCAUACUGUGAGAAAAUGUUCCACCGCAAGGAUCACUUAAAGAAUCAUCUACACACUCAUGACCCAUACAAGGAGGCAUUCACCUGUCAAGAGUGUGGCAAGAGCUACAACACCAAGCUGGGCUUUAAACGCCACCUUGCCCUCCACGCUGCCAACAGUGGAGAUCUCACCUGCCAAGUCUGCCUGCAGCCAUUUCCUAGCACCGGGAUUCUUCUAGAGCACCUCAAAACACAUGCUGGCAAGUCCUCUGGCGGGACCAAAGAGAAAAAGCAUCGCUGCGAGCAUUGUGAGCGGCGAUUUUAUACCCGGAAAGACGUACGACGCCACAUGGUGGUGCACACCGGACGCAAGGACUUCCUUUGUCAAUACUGUGCCCAGCGCUUCGGUAGGAAGGACCACCUGACACGUCACAUGAAGAAGAGCCACCCCCAGGAGCUGCUGAGGGUAAAAACUGAGCCAGCUGAUUCGCUGGAGCCCAUUGUCUACGACUUGGCUUCUGGGGACAUCAAGGGUGAACUCCCUGGAAUGCUGACGCCAAGGCUCCACCAGCUCAACAUGUACACAGGCCCCAUCCUGGACACAGAGCCCUUCCCCACCCCCACACACCCCUUUUCUUUAAAGUACCCGCUGGGCUCCAACUUUACCUCAUACACCGUCUCCUCACAGGAGCGGGAGCAGAAUCUAAAGGGAGAACUGGAGACCUACCUGAUGGAGCUGCAGAGCAGCAUGCCCUCCUCAUCGUCUGCAGCCCAAGAAUCCCAACUCUCCUCCUCCAAACUUGAGUUGGGGCCUCAAGUUGGCGGGCUGGAAGGAGCAAGCGAGGAAGUGUCCUUGUCCAAAAGAUCCACUUCGGUCGCAUCAGCCACUGCAGGUGACUCUCUGGCCUCAUCCUCCUCUCUGAUGGACUUUUCACAGCUUUUUAACUUCCUUCCACUCAAUGGGCCUCCGUACAACCAGGCAGGGGGCAGCGGGGGGCAGGGUGUUGCCUAUCAACCCAACGAAGAGCCCACGCCUCUCGUCCAGCUGCCCCCCCAGUCCUCUGAAGGCCUAGAGGCUGCAGAGACGUCGCUUCAAGGGCUCCCCUCCUCCUUCAUAUCCAACCUGAGCACACCCACCACACUGCCCCGAUUCCACCAAGCUUUUCAGUGAUCCAGUAUGUACUGCAAAUAGCACACAUGCACUCUUAACACACAUGUACUGACACGCAUGUCAAGCUCCACAACCACAAAGGCAGAGAGACACUGAAGCAAGAUGCCAGUAACACAUGAUUGGUGAUAUUAGAAACUCCCUCCUGGAAAUAUAACAACAUGCGCAGACAGUACCACAUGCAGCAGACACAGAGCUCAGGAUAUGAUGAGCACUGACAACACACACAGAUACAGAGCUCUCCACACAAGGUUUGGUUUAGUCCGUUUUCUAAUGGUAACUAUUAGGAUGUCUUCUUUGCCCCUAUCAGUUGUAUUUAAGUUGGCUAAUCACACGUUUCCCUAGUGAUGUGUUUAAUAGCAGACAAAUUAUUCUCUAGAUCUUAAAUUGCAGCGCAAGCAACAGCUCUCACAAACAGGUCAGCACAGCUCAGGUUCAUACUUUAAUAGAUUUCAGUGCAGCACUUCUCUGUGCACUGCAUUACCAUCAUCAGUACAAAAAUCCGCAACACACACAUUGCUGGAGUAUAAGCAUUUUUCUGCAGUAAUGUGAACCUGUGACAAUAAAAAUAGAUCAAAGGUGAAUUAGAGGAACUUUCACUAAGAUGAAUGACAUAAAUGAGCUUAGUGUGCAGAUUCUGAAAUUCAUAAUGUUUUUCAUUUGAACACAUCGAACAAACUGAUGCUGUCAAGCUUCAUCUUACCUUUGUUUUAAACCGUGAUUUUAAAGGACCAGUCUGUAGUUUGGGUAUGUGUUUGUUAAUUUGCACUGCUUUGGAGAUACACACACACACACACACACACACACACACACACAAAACAUCAGGCUGGUCCUUUGAUCAAUCUAUAAAAAGAAGUUCAUCCACAUUCACAUGAUCAAACACAAGGUACUGAGUAGGAACUAUUGAAUGGCAGCAUUACAGCUUUACAAUUAAUCUUGGAGAGCUUUGGAGGUAAACUCAUCAGUACAAACACCAAGGGCUGUCAUUCUCUUGUAAUCCCCUCUAAAGACCCAUUCCACCACAAACGUAUAGCUUACCUAGAUGGAGAGGUGAGAUCAUUCAAUCAAGUGUGAGCGGGCACCAGGUUCCACAUAGACAACUGAAUUGUGAUGAUUUUGAUUGUCAACUGAGAUGCUCCCCUUGUUUGGUUUUUCCGAAAGUUAUUAAUGCAAGAAAUCACAAACUAUCAUCUUCAGAAGGAGAUAGACCUCUAAGAAGUGUAGUUGGUAGGACUGCCCUUUUUUUCAAUGUUGGACUGAAACCUUUAGUCAGGAUUGGGAUGCAAAAGAUCCAGAAGUUGUAUUUCAUCAUCAUAGAAUUGAAAAUUAACAUUAAGACGCAAAUUAGGUACUGCGAAAAAUUAUUAAGGUGGCCAGGGGGGCUGAAUUUGAUACUCUGCUUUUAUGGCAAAUAUAUGAAAGGAUCUGCUCUGAUUACGAAAUAUUUUUUGCCAUUCUAUAUGUUAGAGACUUAGGCGUAGAAUACAAUCAUUAAAUAGGCCAGUUAAGUUUUUUUCUCACCCAGUGUGGAAUAAUAUGGAACUCCUUGAGAAUAUAUGAAGUCCAUAAAAUGUUAUGUGAAGCUGCCACAUUUUGCUGCUAUUUUGAUGAUUUAGUCAAAGGAAUGGGAUGUGAAACAGGCAAAUGAAGAAAUAAUUUAUGAGUGAAUGUUUCACUGCCUGGUGGUUAUUCCAUGAAUGAAAAAAUUCCCAAACAUUUUACUGUUCACAAUCAGGUUACUAGUUUGCCCUCAGUCAACCGUCCACUGCCACAAGUUCUGACUUCCUCUGGUACGGCUCCACUUCAUAUUUAGAUUAACAUGGAAACUUAAAAGAUAUGUUAGUCCUGCAAGUUUUAUGUGGAAAUCUAUGAACAUGAACUUUAACAUUCAUUGAAAAAGUAAGUGAAAUUGUAAAAAAGAAACAUGCUAGACACAUGUUGCAACUUAGACAGCUGGAAAGAAUGGAAUGGAAUGGAAUCUGGAAGAUUUUAGCAAAUACAUUAUAACAUUAUUUCGUAAACUUAAUCAUGGUUAAGGUUCAUCUGAGUUUUAUAAAGUGAGCUAUUCACAUAUACAUUACAAUAGCUUCCAGUGUUGCUUGUAUCAUCAUGUAAAUCAUUGAUUCAUCAUUGGUAAUUUAACAUCAGAGUGUUACUUUGUGAGCCAACAAGCUAAAAAAAACAACUUUUCAGGAAUGAAUUCCGUGCUUUAACAUUGUGGUGUACAUCUUAGAGUCUGCUACUUUUUAAGUGUUACUGAACCUGAACAGUCAACAUUGUCCCAUCCUUUAACGUCCUCUAGAAAGGCAUUUGUACGAGCAAAGCUGCUUACUGGUGGGUGACUUUAGUGUUUUUUGGGUUGAUCCUAGGUUAAAUAUAUAGAACUGUUUGAAUGUGAAGCAGGACAAAACUGGAAAAGGGCUGAGAUUCGCAGCUUAUAUUAUACAUAAAGUUCAUUAGGCCAAAGCACGCUUCUUUUAAAUCAGCUGUCUCAGUAGUCUUUCCGGUAAAGCCUUAAAGGACUGUCAUUUCAAAAGCAGUUCAAUAUGUUGAUAGAGAAGACGCACAUUCACUGAAUGUCCCCACGGCCUUAUCUAUCCAUGCACAUAGUUUUACCUCUGAGACUUGUGCUUCUACUCCAAAAGAUUUGAGGUGAAAUGGACUCAUUUAGCCCAUGAACCUUGUAUUGACAAAAUUCAUAUUAUAUAACAGGAUUUUAUUUUACUUUCAUUAUAUGGUGUAAAAACCUGGGCCAACCAAGCCGAAUCUAUCUACAUGGACGGAGACCACUUGAGGGAAGAUAUUUGUUUUAUGAUUUAUGUGAAUAACAUCUUUAAUUUCAAAACUUAAAAAAUAAGCUUGAAUCAAUCUUUUAAGGGACAUUAUAUUUUGGUGUGUUCAUCAUCUGUUGUUCUUAUUUAAAUGUUAGCUAUUAUCUGCAGUCAGUAUGGGCUUCCACCAGGAGGUGGUGUGUUCUUUAGCAUUAUCUGAAGCAUUUGUUAACUCACAGAAUUAGAGUUGAAGUUAGAGUUGAAGCUGUAUGUAUCAAAGCUCCAUCCAACAUGACAUUCACCUAAUUUGUUCAGAAAUAGUGAUGAAAGGAGAUGAGCUGUAGCUGUUGUUCAGCUCUGAUGGGCCCUCAGUCAUCAGUGCCUAUCUUAGCUUCUUUCAACAUGAAGUCAGUCACUGCUCAGUCAUCACUCUGGACACAGUCACACUCAAACCAUACGUUUCAAGCAGAUGUGCCUUAUUUUUCAGGAAAUACAACAUAUGAUUUACAAUCAAUGUGGGAAUUCCAUGAGGGGCUUUAAAAAAAACAACUAGAUAAAUAACAGCUGUGUUUGAACAGAUGUAUUUUUUAAUUGUUUUCCACAGGUUAGAGUUACAUGUAUAACUAACUUCAGCUUUCACCUCGAAACUUCAAGAUUCUGUUAAUGAUUCCAACAUUUGUAAAGAUGCUGGAAUUUUGCAUAAGACAUGUGGAUUUUUGGGUUUAGAAUGUUGUUAUUCACACCGUGUGAAAAAGUAUAAACCAUCAAUGGUGUGUUGAAACAAGCAGAUACUUAUUUAUAACGUGAAAAACGUUCCCCGGAGAUGUUUUCUAUCAAAAUACAAACAGAAUCAAACAGGUAAACUACCGUCAACACUGAUGCACUGCUUUGAAAUGGCAUUAGCAACUGCCAUUACCUCUAUUGACUGUGUUUAGAUGUAGAUUUUCUCAUGACUGUAGAGCUGCAUUUAAUAGCUACAGCUAUUUUUGCUCCUAUAAAGUUGCCUGAUUUGGGUCACCCUCAUUUGUGGGCCCAGCACUCUGCACAUCACUUUGUGAUUUGUUUUCAUCACCAUUAGCAGAUUUUCAGGUCUGACACUAUGACAGACACCUGAGAGUCGCAGCUUGUUACUGGUAAUCAGGAAAACUCUGAAUCAUGAAGUAACGUACGUGUAGACAAAGAAUGGUCACAUAGAAUGCUGAGGUCGCAAGUGUUAGGGUAGGUUCCAGUGUCUGUGUUAUCUAGUUGUUAUCUAUGGGCUCAUGAGUGUAGUCCCUGUUGUUAUACACUUUACUUUGUGCUCACAAUCAGAAGCCAGCUCAGUGGGGCUGGUCAUCAACUGAAAUGUUUGUGUAGCACAUAAACAUCAUGACUUAUUCUUUGAAGUAGUUUCUGAUUUCAAUCUAAUUGUGAAAAGGUAUUUGCCCCUUCCCCAUUUCUCCAGUUUCCGCUAAUUUGUUGUAUUUAAAUCAGCCGAAUAAUUUUAAGAUAUAGAAAACAUGAGUAUACGAAAAAUGGUAAUUUCACUUAUUGAAGGUUAUUCAAACCCUAAAUCACCCAUGUGAAAAAUGAAUUGCCCCCAAAACCUAAUAACUGGUUGUGCCACCCUAGGCACUUAACAUUUGUAAUAGCUUGCAAUGAGUCUUUGACAUCGCUGUGGAGGAAAUUUGGCUCACUCUAAUUGGUUGGUGUUUUUUUUAGCAUGACGUGUGCAUUUAAUUUCUUGCCACGGCAUCUCAAUUGGAUUCAAGUCAGGACUCUGACUUUAUUUUAUUUCUUUUGAGCCAUUCUGAGGUCGACUUGCUGGUGGCCUGUGGAUCGUUGUCCUGCUGCAUAAUCCGACUUCGAUUGACCUCCUAGAUGAGUUGUUGAAGCGCUCUGGGAGGAACUUUGGAAGGGCGGCCACUCUAGGAAGGUUCACCACUGUCCCAAGUUGUCUUUAUACCGGUUCUCACCGUGUUUAGAGUCCAAGAACCUUAGCAAUGGCUCUGAAACCUUUCCAGAGUACUGUAGUUAGAUUUCAAUGGGGUUGUUUCAAAUCUGUUCUUGAAUUUCUUUAGUUUAUGGCAUCAAGUUUCAGUUUUUAAGAGCCUGAUGUUUAGAUUGAAUUUUUUUUUCAUUAUCAUGCCUUGGUUUGGCUUAUUAGAAAAUGAGGGGUCAAAUAACUUUUUCCCAUUAGGCCAAACAGUGUUUUCCUUCAAUAAAUGAAAUUGUCAUUUAAAAACAAUUUAUUACCUUUAUUUUGGUUUACAUAAGACUAAUAUUAAAAUUACUUUGAUCAUAUGAAACAUUUAAGUGUAACGAAUUUACAGAAAUUGAAAGAAAUCAGAAGGAGGCAAAUAUUUUUCAAAGUACUGACUGUGCAUCAAAAAACUACUGGGAAAGCUCAGUUUUGAUUAGCUGCUAAUUCUAGACUGUAUUUUACUAAGUUAAGGUUUGACAUUGAAAAUAUAUCAUUUGACCAAAGCUCCAUACUUUGGGCACAUGAUGAGAAGUGAGCAAACUACAUAUGAAUUGAGCAAGGUCAAUUUGCAGAUGAAGGCCAUGAGAUACUGCUCAAAAGAGUAAACUAAAUAUAUAAUGUAGACCUUUAUCAACAUAUUGACACAUUUCAGUAACUUUCCAGCCCUAUUACAACAUUACUGAAUGAUGAAAUGUGACAAAGGUGAAGUCAGCUGAUGUACAUUGUUCCACAAAACAACAAUUGUACGUUUUAUCUGUAGAACAGAAAGAUCAUUGUAUACUUGUCUUCUCUAUUCAAAAAACAUUGGACUGCACACUAUGAAUGUGAACAUCACCGAUUACAAACAUUUUUCCCUUCAACUGCAGCAGUUAACAGAUGGUGCAUCUGAGUUACAUGAAAUGUUUGAUACAUAUAUUUAACCCAAUAGUGUUAUCAUUUACCUCACAUACUCAUCUUGCUUUUGUGCUCCAGGAUUUAAAAAUGAUGAUGAACUAGAAGUGUUAAGCUCCCCUGUUUUCUUUGUGAAUGAUGGGACUUGAUGAGACAUGAAUAGAGUCAAUAUUUUUCUGGCUUGUGUGAAAUAUAGAGUUGAAUGUGUAAUGCAAAGCAUUUAUGGAACUUUGCUAUUUUUAUCUUGUCAAGGUUUGAGAUUUUACAAGUGUAACUAGCAAACCUCUCUCUCCCUCUCUUUUACAUAUAUAUAUGUAUACGUAUAUAUGCAUACAUAUACGUGUACAUGUACUAUAUAUAGUAAUAAUAGCACUUUUUGAACUGAAUGCCUUCAUUUCCUACAAUCCUUUUUGUCUAAAACCUUUAUUAUACCAUAGAUAUAUAUUUAGCUCUUUCAGAGAACAAUAACAUGUAAAUACAAUAUAAAUGUUUUAUUUUUACAGGUACAAUUUUGACAGUGUUUUGACAUCAAAGUGUAAUUUUGCUUUACUUGCACAAGUGUUCUGUGUGUCUCACUGAGGAGGCUUUUAUGUACUCUUAUGAGAUUUAGUUUUUCAGUGGGCCUUCUUGAUUUUAAAACCGCAAGGUUAAGUGAGAGCACAGGCAAUAAUGAAGCUUAACCGGACAGUUAUUUAGCGCUUAAUUGUAUCAUCUUGUUAAAGUUAUUGUUAAAAAUACAAACAAGAUAUAUGUUCAAUUCCUCCCGGGGUGAUUUUGCCCUCUUCUAUCAGCAUUUGACCUAAAAAAUGUGACUUGAUUUCUUAGAGGUUUUUCUUCAACUGUACAAUCAGCUGUUUUGAAUUAAUUUAUGUUUGUAUGAUAGAAUCCAGAGAUUUGAUGGGGGAGUAUUAAAAUCAACAAAAUAUGGAUCAAAAUUGAAAGUAAAUAAAAUCUAAACUCAUUUGAGUUGGGUAUCAGAUCAAGUUCAUGAUUCUAAAGCAAAACUAAACUGUCCUUGACAAAGACAUAGUAAAAACACUAUGUGUUCCAGAGUGGGAACCACAGACAGCAGAUGCUCUUCGGUGAGAGGCACAGACAUUUAGCAAAUCAUGUCAAACUUUUAUAUAAGCUUCAUUGGUACCAGUGAAAUUUAUUGAAUGUGUAUGUAAGAAACACUGCAAUACUGCAAUUUAUUUUGGUCUUGGAUCAAGCUGCUAACAUACUUCUAAAGCUCCUUAAGGUGCUACAGACCUCUUUUCUAGUUAUUAAAUGUAUCAUUUGUACAAACAAAGUAUCCAGUUUAGCUGAACAGUUGGCAUGUGUGUGCCUGUUUGUACUAUAUAGCUACAUAUAUUUCCUUGUACUGUGAUUUUUGUAGUCUUUUUACAGACUUGCCUGUAAAUUCCCCCACACGUCUCCCCCCUCGACCCCCUACCCACCCUUGUGUUUUGAUAUUUGGAAUCUGACUCAUGGUGGGAGAUAACUCUGAGUGAUGUGCACUCAGCAGAGAUGCAGACAUCUGUGCUGAUGCUGAGAAACACGACUCCAUGUGAUGCCGUUCAAAAUUAGCAGAGGAAGUUCAGAGGCAAACUGCAUUCCAGCCAUGUUGGUUUUGUUAUCAAUUGCAUUUCAAUAAUGCCAUCCUGUUUCAAUGAUGGACUCAUUGCUAAUUCUCAAUAUUUUUCUUCAAAUCUAUUUUACAAACUACUGUUGUAUUUUUAUAAAUAGGCAAAGUAUUUCACAUAAACAUAUAUAUAAGUAAAUAUAUAUGUAUGUGUUUAUAGGUUGUGUAAAAUAAAAAUGAAUGCUGCAGCUUUUAUCCAUUGUGUUUGAAACAUUGACAUCAUCCAAAGAGGCAGAUUAUUUAUUGUCUGGCAGAGUAACCUGAUUGGAUUUACAUACCUUGCUGCUAUGAAGGAGAAGGCCUGCAGUCAUAAACUCCAGUGUUUUACACAAUGUAAUGAAAGUUUAAUAAACAUAAGAGAAGGAUCCAACUGUCA